CAUGCUUUCCCGAGCGAAGUGAGAGUGAGAAAGACGCGGGAAGAUAGAGAGCGUGAAAAGGACGCCGGAAAACCUAUUGAAGCUCGCCGGAGGUUGGUUUCUGAUUAUGAUGUGUACCUCUGUUUCGAAUUCGGUGGUAUUGGGCAUCAAUGCCUUGUCAACUGAUGUGGAGAUUGUGUUAUUCUUGGGAGGUCGGAGAGUUGGAGAUCCCAUUCCAGCUACAGUUAUCACAGAAGUGAACCCUUUUAGCAUUGAGCCGUGGAAUUCUCCCGAACAUAUAUUAUACCUGUACAAUCUGGAUGACGGACAAAGGAAAAAGGGAAGCAAUGAAAUUAGGGAAACAAAAGAUGGAUACUGGAAAACUAUGGGUGAAGUUUCAAAAAUUUCAACAGGAAGUGAUGUGAUGGGUAGGAAAACUGCCCUGGAAUUCUAUAUUGGCAGCCCGCCCUUUGGUGAUAAAACUUGUUGGAUGAUGCAUGAAUAUCAAACUGAAUGGAAGACAUGCCAAGGAAUCAGAAUUGUACAGGAAUAUAGCUCAUUGUGCAAAGUGUUCUGGCAAAGUGAUUGGAGGCCAGAACAUGAGGAACAACAUAGUUCUGUAGGUUUAGAUUGUACGGAUGAUGCUGAUGCUGAAUAUUUGGAAGCCAUAAUGCUGUCCCUUUUAGAAGAGGAUGAAGGAAACCUCUCUCCUCAUUAUGAUGCAAACUCGACCCAGGCUGUUCAUGGGGAGGAUCAGAGAAAUGGAGCAGCCUCAGACAAUACCAUGGUGGAUAAGGAUGCAAACCUUGAUUUCAUAAAUGAGGAAUACAUUGAACUGAAUGAUAUCGAUCACCAGGAGUCCUCUUCUUCUUCUUCUUCUUCUUCUUCUUCAAAUUCAUGCAACUCCAGCGUUAUGGAGAUGGAUUCCAAUGAAUAUUUUGAUGCAGAUGCCUUAUUAAAGGAACUCACAAAUGAUAAGCAUACAAACUGCAAAUUCAACAUCUCUGCUUCGGCAAAAUCAAACCAGAUAAUUAUCAGGCCAUCUCCAGCAGGUUCAAUAAUCAGCAGCAACAACAACAACAACAACAACAAUAACAACAACAAAGAGCCACCUAAACCUGAUAAAUCUCCAAACAUUCAACAGAGCUCUGGAAAAUCUGGUUCUGUUGGCAGGAUCACCAAACUUGGGAAGAGAUACUGUUGCUUUGCAUCAUUUUAGCCAAUUACAAGUUCAAACUACCUCAACUGAUCAUAGUUUCUGAGCAUCUUAGUUAUUAGCAGAAAUCUCCAGGAAAAACAAUGAUUAAAGAUGUUAGAAUUGUACACCAUUCAAACUAUGGAAAUCUCAUUGUUGUUGUUGUUGUUGUUUUUUUUUAAAUUAAAAAAAAAAAAAAUCAUUGUUGUUAUUGUAUGUAUUGUAUUCAAGUAUAUAAACAUGAUUUU